AUGGAGCUGCUGUCGCCGCCGCUCCGCGACGUGGACUUGACGGGCCCAGACGGCUCUCUCUGCUCCUUUGCCGCGGCGGACGACUUCUAUGACGACCCAUGUUUCGACUCCCCAGACCUACGCUUCUUCGAGGACCUGGACCCGCGCCUAGUGCACGUGGGCGCGCUCCUGAAGCCCGAGGAGCACUCGCACUUCCCUGCGGCCGUGCACCCGGCCCCGAGCGCGCGCGAGGACGAGCAUGUGCGCGCGCCCAGCGGGCACCACCAAGCGGGCCGCUGCCUACUGUGGGCUUGCAAGGCAUGCAAGCGCAAGACCACCAAUGCCGACCGCCGCAAGGCCGCCACCAUGCGCGAGCGGCGCCGCCUGAGCAAAGUUAAUGAGGCCUUCGAGACGCUCAAGCGCUGCACGUCUAGCAACCCGAACCAGCGACUGCCCAAGGUGGAAAUCCUGCGUAACGCCAUCCGCUACAUCGAGGGCCUGCAGGCUCUGCUGCGCGACCAGGACUCCGCGCCCCCUGGCGCCGCCACUGCCUUCUAUGCGCCCGGCCCUCUGCCCCCAGGCCGCAGCGGCGAGCACUACAGCGGCGACUCGGACGCGUCUAGCCCGCGCUCCAACUGCUCCGACGGCAUGGUAAGGUCGGGACCCCAGGAGAGAGGAGAAAUAAAGGCAGCACUGGGCAUAUCUGGGAAGCGUUUCCUAGGGAAGGGACCGGAGAGCGCGCCAGCUAGUGUAGAGGGGCGGGACGGCGGCUACUCUUUCGCCCUGGCGGCCACCCUGGGGACCCCAGGCUCCACCCUGCUCUGUUCCCAUUGGCCUCGGCCUCCCCCGCCCCCAGCCGCCUGCCCUGGCUCCCGGGCGUUUAGACUACUACGGAUAAAUAGCUCAGGGCGCCUGGCGCGAAGCUAG